AUUUUUAAUAAUUCUUCAAAAAUUUUAUUCACAACGAUUAUAAUUAUUGGAACAUUAAUUACAGUAACAUCAAAUUCUUGGUUAGGAGCUUGAAUAGGUCUUGAAAUUAAUUUGUUAUCUUUUAUCCCCCUGUUAAGAGAUAAUAAUAACACAAUAUCUACAGAAUCUUCUUUAAAAUAUUUUUUAACCCAAGCUUUAGCUUCAACUGUACUUUUAUUUUCUUCUAUUAUUUUAAUAUUAAAAAAUAACAUGAAUAUAGAAAUUAAUGAAUCAUUUACUUCUAUAAUUAUUAUGUCUGCUUUAUUAUUAAAAAGAGGAGCAGCUCCUUUUCAUUUUUGAUUUCCUAAUAUAAUAGAAGGAUUAACUUGAAUAAACGCAUUAAUAUUAAUAACUUGACAAAAAAUUGCCCCAUUAAUAUUAAUUUCUUAUUUAAAUGUAAAAAAUUUAUUGUUAAUUAGAGUAAUUUUAUCAGUUAUUAUUGGUGCAAUUGGAGGUUUAAAUCAAACUUCUUUACGAAAAUUAAUAGCAUUUUCUUCAAUUAAUCAUUUAGGAUGAAUGUUAAUAAGUUUAAUAAUUAGUGAAUCAAUUUGAUUAAUUUACUUUUUAUUUUAUUCUUUUUUAUCAUUUAUUUUAACUUUUAUAUUUAAUAUUUUUAAAUUAUUUCAUUUAAAUCAGUUAUUUUCAUGAUUUAUAAGAAGAAAAAUUUUAAAAUUUACUCUAUUCAUAAAUUUUUUAUCUCUAGGUGGAUUGCCACCUUUUUUAGGAUUUUUACCAAAAUGAUUAGUAAUCCAACAAUUAACAUUUUGUAAUCAAUAUUUUACUUUAACAAUUAUAAUAAUAUCAACAUUGAUUACUUUAUUUUUUUAUUUACGAAUUUGUUACUCAGCAUUUAUACUAAAUUAUUAUGAAAAUAAUUGAAUAAUUGGUAUAAAAUUUAGAAAUUAUAAUAUAAGAUUAUAUUUAAUUUUAACAUUUUUUUCAAUUUUUGGACUAUUUAUAAUUUCUUUAUUUUUUUUUAUACUUUAA